UGUGUGUGUGGGGGGGAGAUAAACUACUGUGUCACUGUCCGGGUCUCUUCCCUUUUCUGGAAGAUCGUAGAGGGGGUGACGGGGAGGGGGUGGCGGGGAGAUUAAGGUGGCGCCACCCGGGACACCCAGAGCCCUGAGCGGACCCGCAAAGGAUGACAACAGGCAAUCGCGGGUGGCCGCGUGGAAAGGAGUGGGCUCCCCACGUCGUCGCCCCCAGCGCCCGGAGCUGUGCGCCCCCAAGCAGCCCGCCGCGUCCCCCGCCCCCAGCCCCGCGCCAGUGGAGGGCUGCCCGCCCCGCCGCGCUGCGCCGCGCAGCGCACACUUCGGCGCAAAACUUGCCGCGAGUUCAAGCCAAGUUGUUCCCCCAGCGGAGGGGGCUCGAGCUACGGGGAAAGCCGGGAGUGAGGACUGCAGAGGCUGCGCGCCAGCUCUUUUUUCUUUCUUUUCUUUUUUUUUUUUCCUUUCCUUUGCUUCUGCUAUCACUCACCCCCAACCCCCCAGCGUCAGUGCGACUCCUUGGCUCCUUGCCUUUCCUCCUCCCUCUGAAGCUGGUCUCUCCCCUCCUCCUCGUAGUGUUCCCCCCCCCCACUUGUGUACACUAUUUGUUGGGGGGUGGUGGUGGCGGCCGAAAGGGAUGUCUUGUUUUCACCAGAGGCACUGCGUAAAGGGGAAACGAAGACACUGGAAGAAACCAGAAUAAAUACCCAAGUUUGGAGCCCGGGUCCGCUGCUGCGAUAGGCACUUGAACUUCGGGGAUCUCCAGCCCUCGCAGCGGUGGGAGUCCAUUUUCAAGUAAAGGGAGCUGCUUCUGCUUAGGAGUGGCAGGUGAAGUGAGAAAACCACAUGGAAGACUCCCAGGAUUUAAAUGAACAAUCAGAUCAUCACUGGGGUUCCAUGCCUGCAUGACCCCACCAUUCCCAGUCUUUUCACGACUCCACUACUUCCAACAGCUCUUUUCCUUAAUAGAAGGUAAAGAAAACGUGCACAGAAUCAGAUGUUUCAGAACCUCAGAAUUCCAGCAGGUCUAUGGAAAUGCAGGACCUAGCAAGUCCUCAUCCUCUUGUUGGAGGUGCUGAUACUUCUGGUAGCUCCAAACUGGAGAAAACUAAUCUCAGCAGCACAUCAGUCACUACAAAUGGGACAGGAGCGGACAUGACUGUUUUAAACACUGCAGACUGGUUACUGAGUUGCAACACCCCCUCUUCUGCAACAAUGUCUCUCCUUGCAGUCAAAACAGAGCCUUUGAACAGCAGUGAAACCACAACCACCACUGGAGAUGGAGCGCUUGACACAUUUACUGGGUCAGUAAUAACAAGUAGUGGCUACAGUCCCAGAUCAGCUCAUCAAUAUUCCCCACAACUAUAUCCUUCCAAGCCCUACCCACACAUUCUUUCUACACCAGCAGCUCAAACAAUGUCUGCUUACGCAGGCCAGACUCAGUAUUCGGGGAUGCAGCAGUCAGCUGUCUACACAGCCUACUCACAGACAGGACAACCCUACAGCCUGCCUACUUACGAGUUGGGGGUGAUGCUGCCAGGAAUCAAGACAGAGAGUGGACUUUCACAAACUCAGUCUACAUUACAGAGUGGAUGCCUCAGUUACAGCCCAGGGUUUUCUACUCCACAGCCGGGCCAGACACCUUAUUCUUACCAGAUGCCAGGUUCUAGUUUUGCACCAUCGUCUACAAUAUAUGCAAACAAUUCAGUUUCCAAUUCAACAAAUUUCAGCAGUUCACAGCAGGACUAUCCAUCCUACACAGCCUUUGGCCAAAACCAGUACGCACAGUAUUACUCAGCAUCGACAUAUGGAGCAUAUAUGACUUCCAAUAACACGGCUGACGGCACAGCAUCCUCAACCUCAACCUAUCAGUUACAGGAAUCUCUACCAGGACUGACUAGUCAACCAGGUACAGAUCUUCAUUCAGGAGAGUUUGAUACUGUGCAGAGUCCCUCCACACCCAUCAAAGAUCUUGAUGACAGAACAUGUAGGAGUUCUGGGUCAAAGUCCCGAGGAAGAGGCAGGAAAAAUAAUCCCUCCCCACCUCCUGACAGUGACCUAGAGCGUGUAUUUGUCUGGGACCUGGAUGAAACAAUCAUUGUUUUUCACUCAUUGCUUACUGGGUCUUAUGCCCAGAAGUAUGGCAAGGAUCCCCCCAUGGCUGUUACCCUUGGACUCCGAAUGGAGGAAAUGAUUUUUAAUCUUGCAGAUACACAUUUAUUUUUUAAUGACUUAGAGGAAUGUGAUCAAGUUCAUAUAGAUGAUGUUUCCUCUGAUGAUAAUGGACAAGACCUGAGUACCUACAGUUUUGCAACUGAUGGCUUCCAUGCAGCUGCAAGUAGUGCAAACCUUUGUUUGCCAACAGGUGUAAGAGGAGGGGUUGACUGGAUGAGGAAGUUGGCUUUUCGUUACAGAAGAGUGAAAGAAUUAUACAACACCUAUAAGAACAAUGUUGGAGGACUCCUUGGUCCUGCCAAGAGAGAUGCUUGGCUGCAGCUAAGAGCAGAGAUUGAAGGUCUUACAGACUCCUGGCUAACAAAUGCACUUAAAUCCUUAUCAAUUAUUAGUACUAGGAGUAACUGUGUCAAUGUAUUGGUAACCACAACUCAACUGAUCCCAGCACUUGCGAAGGUUCUACUCUAUAGUUUAGGAGGUGUUUUUCCCAUUGAGAAUAUUUACAGUGCAACUAAAAUAGGAAAAGAAAGUUGCUUUGAACGAAUAAUGCAAAGGUUUGGCAGAAAAGUAGUAUAUGUGGUAAUUGGGGAUGGUGUAGAAGAAGAACAGGCAGCAAAAAAGGUAACCCUGUCUCAAAAAAUGUUGGUGUGAUACUUCUAAUGCAAGCUUUUUUGUUUGCAUUUCUGUAGUUUAACUCAGUGGCAGCUUGAUAAAUGAUUGAAAUUUAUAGUUGCAAAGCAGUUAGAGCAUGAGGUCAAUACUUACAUUCAAAUAAACCAUUUGGAGUCUAGCAUUUUUUCCAGAAAUCUGAUAGGAAAUACAGGCAAAUAGAGUCAAAUACCUGUAUGUAUGUAUGUAUGUAGGGUACAUGGAUUAAGUAGUCUGUGAGGAAGAUCGAUGAAAAUAACCAUUUCAAGCAUAUAAAACUUAACAAGAUAAAGAAUUUUACUGAGUUCUGUAGAAAAAUCAUAUGACACAUUUCUUAGCAAUUUUCCUAAUUCACCCUCUAUACUAUAUGGCCCUCUGUGAGUGCCUCUAGUUAAGUAUGCAACAUCAUAAGAUCUGAGGGUUGAUUUAAAAUCAGUGAAUUUAAUAUAUAAUACAGAACUGAGAUGUAUUACUCAAACGACUGUAUGCUGACUAGUAGUGUUAGAGACAUAGAGACAGCAGGCCUCACAUUCCCGUAAGAGUAUUGUCCAUCUUGGUAAGCCACUGGGACUUGAUCGAAGCCAAACAGCUGGCUUGAACAUAUGCAGAUCUCAAGAUACCUAUGUAAAACCUUUUCUUCUGACCCAUGUUUCUGAAGAAUAAAGCAAGGUAGUGUAAAACCAUUAAAUGGUUAGCUCAGUAUCAAAGCGGAAUGAUAUCAACAUUGGCCCAAAAAGCUAGACUAUUAUUCACACAAUAUUAAUAUCUACUGCCUUCUUUACUGAGAGAAAAAUAUAAUCCUAGCAAGAUAAAAGUGAUAUAAUUUAUAAGACAUUCUUACAUUGCUUAUAUUGCCUUACAUACAAUGUUGUCCAUAUCCUCCUGCAAUUUCAAGUUACUUUCUAAGAAAGCCUUCACUGAAUACUUCCAUGUGCCGAGUGCUUACCUGAUUUUUGUUUUCAAAAAAGAAAACCCAACAUAAUUUUUUUAAAGAAGUGUAUGGCUAUAAUAGAGGACGAAAAUGAUAUGUUUAUCAUCCAUUUAAAUCAAGCCAGGUGGAGAAAGUGUUCCUACUUAGGAAGUUUCAGUGAAGUGUUUGAAGCUAUAACUGAAUUUCUCUGUGUUUUUCAAUGAUUUUAAGUGAGCUGAUGUAGAAUCUGCCUCUACUAGAGCACACCAGCAUUAACUAACAUUGUCAGUGGCCUCCAAAAGUCCUAUAACCACAAAAUAUUGUAUAUGAGAUUAGAGGUGCAGCCUCAUUCAUACAACUUUCAUUAAUGAUUACUGCUUGAAAUGCUUCCAGUUGUGCAGCACUGAAGUACCUUCUGGAAUCCGUCAAUGUACUGAGUCCAGACUGUUUUGAUUUUUCAUAAUGGCACCAUAAUCACACACACACACAAAGCAAGGGAUGCAGCCACUACAGCAGAUAAUUUUACAUUCUCUUGUGAUAUUCAUCUUUAUGUAGAUCAGGAAAAAUGUACAUUUCCGAGCUAAAAACAUGAUAUGCCUUUAAAGAUGAAAAGUUAAAAAGUUACCCCUGACAUGAGAACUAGAUUUGGUAUACCAAUCUUAUGCUUUAUACCCAAAACUUGUGGAGAAAAGACAUGAUUCCAAGUGGAAAAGAGAUCCAGUUAGAAUGCUAUUUCCAAAUGGUUUUUUUUUUUAUGUAGGUACAAUUUUGGUGAUGGUGAAGGCUUAUUUUGAAACACAGGUGGUUGGUUCUCUAGUAUCCAGAAUGCAUGCUUUUCUUUGGAUAUAGCUGCAACUGCAUGUGUAGAAAUAUAAAUACUGUUUUGUUAUUGCAAAUAGAUCUGACCUGAUCAAAAUAAAUAAAUAAAACAAACAAGAAAUUUAUAUAAAUUUCUGUGCUUUAAUUUGACCUAAGUAUAUAGUUU